AUGCCAGAUCCGAAAGGGACGGAGAGACUUCUCAGUGAGGAGCUUAGAUCGUAUCCAGACCUUGGCUCGCGUCCCCGCACGGGGUCUAACGAUCCGGGGCUUCAACUUCCCUUUGAGGAUCUUGAUCUCACCGAGGAGAACUUCCAGGCCGGGCAGGGCGGCUUCCGCGACGUGUAUUUCGGCAACGUCAAGAAGUACAACGAGACGACGGCCGAGUGCCGCGCGUUCCCCGGCUCCGACGACUGGCCUACCCAGCAGGAGUGGAACCGCCUGAGUGACUUCUUGGAGGGCUCGCUACUCAAGCCCCAGCCUGCGGCGUCCGUGUGCUAUAAGGACCACGCCAACUACGACGAGGCCAAGUGCCGCGACAUCAGGAACAAUGCGGGAUCCAACCGCUUCUUUAUCAGCGAUCCCCUCACCGUCUUGACUUCGUGGCCUCAGGGGAGGCUUCCCGAGUACGUGCUCAACGUGACCGAGGUAUGGCAGAUUCAGACGGUUGUCAACUUUGCCCGCAACAAGAACAUCCGCCUUGUCAUCAAGAACACUGGCCAUGAUUUCCUCGGUCGCAGCACCGGAGCCGGCGCCAUCAGCGUCUGGACUCACUUCAUCAAGGACUUUGAGUUCCUCCCCACGUACACCCAAGGCCAGUACACCGGCCCCGCUGCCCGCGUAGGCGCCGGUCUGGAGUCCUGGGAGAUGUACAACUUCAUGGAGGAGCACAACGUGACCUUUGUCACGCCAGGCCGCUACACCGUCGGUGUCUACGGCGGAUGGUUCCAAGGCGGCGGCCACAACGCCCUCGCGUCGUGGUACGGCAUGGGCGCCGACCAGAUCCUCUCCCUGCAAGUCGUCACCGCCGAGGGCAAGUUCGUCACCGCCAGCCCCGAGGAGAACCCCGACCUAUUUUACGCCCUCCGCGGCGGUGGCCCCGGAACCUACGGCAUCGUCACCUCCGCCGUCGUCAAGGCCCACCCCCGCGUGACCGUCCGCAACGCCGCGCUCGCCUUCCAGACGGGCAAGAACGUCUCCGUCGGCGGCACGUCGUACAACUACGUCUCCUACACCGGACCCGACUCGUUCUCCUUCACCGCCGACAACGAGUUCCCCGACCUCUCCGACGAGGAAAUCAGCUACUUCCUACAACCCCUCUGGGACGCCAUCCGCGGGUACGGCAUCGACCUCAAGGACAUUAGCCCCCGGCAACUCGCGCUUCGCCAGCAGGCUCUUCCCCGCAAGAUUUGGAACGACGAGACCCUCUUCAACGCCACCAUGGGCGCCCGGCCUGAACCCGCGUUCCGCGACACGUACAUGCACGCCGACAUCUUCUACGCCGGCGACAUCAGCAAGACGGAGCCCUUCAACAAGGUCAUGAACAAGCUCCGCGAGGUCACGGCCGACGGCGGCGGCGCCUACAUCAACGAGUCCGACGUCGAGGAGCCCAACUGGCAGACGAGCUACUUUGGCAACAAGUACGCCGAGCUCCUCAAGGUCAAGAAGUCCCGGGAUCCCUGGAACGUGUUCUGGGCGCCUAGCACCGUGGGCAGCGAGGGCUGGGAGGUGAGGAAGGUGGAGGGUGAUAAGUUCCCGUCGCAGAACGGAAGGCUGUGCAAGGUUGCUCAGGCUGCCGCGGAGGCGUAG